UGGGGGGUCUGUUGGAAAGGAAAGGAAGCAGCGAAUAGUAGCAGAGGAAAACCGCAGCCACUACGUCUAGCCCCAUUCAUCUUUGCAUCCAGGGAGAGAGUAGCUGGGUGCUUGCAGGACGGUUGUAGUCGUAGUCACAGUAGAGUGUGUGUGUGUGCGCGUGUGAGAGAUACGCACAUGAGCCCAUCGUCUGCGUGCUAGGAGGAGGAGCUGCCGCCACUGAGCACCUCGCUAAAGACGGCUACUCUCCACAGAUUGACGUCUCGCUCUCUGCUCCGGGUUGGGCUUCAUUGAUUCAAUGACUGCUUUUUGAUAGGUCGUAGAGAGGAUCUGCGCCCUCUUGGACUGUUCUUUUCCUCCUCAUUGCACUCGCGAAGACGCUUUAUUCUUGAUCCCACGGCAACAGACUGCCCCCUUCUCCCCUUCAGUGACUUGGACUGCUAGGCUGUGUGUGAAAAGCAAAGGACUCCGGCUUGCUAAUUCGUUUGGGCCUUUUGUGUGCAGCGGCUCCCACAGUCGACUAAGCGUCCUUGUGCUGAAUUGAGCUAUUGUUUGAAUCGGGAAAGCUUUUCACACUGCAAAUCUUGCCCUCAUCAGCACCUCCUCCUCCUCUAAGACACCCCCUGUGUGCCCCUCUUUUGACUACGAAUCUACCUUAUGUGACUGGCCAGCACCACAUGAAUCUGCCAAGUACUGUACAAGUGAAGCGAGGCGGAUCGUACGAAUGAAGUGUAAUGCGCCGUGGGACGGAGCCGUCCGGGAAUAGGAAGGGGACGUAAAGCCGGCGCGCGCCCGCGCUCCCCCCUCUCUCUGUCUCCCUCCCUCACUCUCACGCUCGCUUUAAGACAGCUGCGGCACUGGCAGGCGUACUGUGUGUGCGUGUGUGUGUGUGUGCGCGUGUGUGUGUGCGACCGAGCGUGUGUCAUGCCUCCAUUCUGAUCUUGAGGGGGCCCGGCUAAUGCUGCCACCGGAUUAAGCUGCAGGUAGCCCCCCGUCCCUGUGACAAUGAAGAAGACGCGGAGUACCACACUGCGGCGAGCCUGGCCUAGUUCGGAUUUCUCCGACCGGGCCUCGGACCGCAUAAGGUCCCGCAGCGAGAAGGACUACCGCCUGCAUAAACAUUUUCCGCCGGCGUUCAUCUCCCCAGCAUCUCGAGGAUACAUGACAUCAGGUGAUGUGUCACCCAUCAGUAUGUCCCCAAUCAGUCAGUCCCAGUUCAUCCCUCUUGGAGAGAUCCUUUGUUUAGCCAUAUCGGCUAUGAAUGCUGCAAGAAAGCCAGUCACACAAGAAGCAUUAACAGAGCAUCUGACAACAUGCUUUCCAGGUACAUGUGUCAUAAAUGCUACUAACAGUGUUCCAACACCAAGUCCUGAAAUUCUAAGGCACACCCUGAACAUGUUAGUAAGAGAAAGAAAAAUUUAUCCAACUCCAGAAGGUUACUUCAUUGUUACACCCCAGACUUAUUUUAUUACUCCUUCUCUUAUACGGACAAAUAGUAAAUGGUAUCAUUUAGAUGAGCGAAUACCUGACAGGCCUCAGCAGUGUACCUCUCCUCAGUCUGGAACUAUUACUCCAUCUGCCUCAGGCUGCGUUAGGGAACGCACCCACCACAAAAACCACUGCGAUUCCUAUAACUGUUACCGGGAUGAUAUGCAUAGUAUGCAUGCCUCCACAUUACAGAGGAAAUCCCCAAAAGACUGCAAAGAUGCAUACUGUCCUCCCUCUGUUUACCAGACAGCUGCUACAGAAAAAAGUAAAAGUACUGUCAACUUUUCAUAUAAGACUGAUACUCUCAGCAAGCAUAAAGAACCGGGCAGCACUGGAGAAAAACAAUCCAAGAAGUUUGGCUUAAAAUUGUUCCGGCUCAGUUUCAAAAAGGACAAGACUAAACAUUUAGCUACUUUCUCAGCCCAGUUUCCCCCUGUGGAAUGGCCUCUCAGAGAUGAGGAUACACCUUCCACAAUCCCGAGGGAAGUAGAAAUGGAAAUAAUUCGUCGUAUUAACCCAGAGCUUACAGUAGAAAAUGUCAUGAGGCAUACAGCACUGAUGAAAAGAUUAGAAGAGGAAAAGGCCCAACGAAGCAAAGCAGGCUCCACUACUCAGCACAGUGGCAGAAGUAAGAGAAGUAGGGGCCAUCGGAAAACUCAUGGAAAGUCUCGGUCACAUAGCAAGACUCGAGCAUCUAAAGGAGAUCCUUCAGAGGGAUCCCACUUAGACAUUGCUGGUGAAAGAGAAUAUGAAUUUUAUAGCUCUUCCCUUGUCAGGUCCCCACGGGAUGGAUCAUUCAGUAUAGAUCGAAAUGGAGAUAAUUUUUUUGUACACAGCAACCCCAACAUAGUUGAGUCUCACUUUCCAGUUACACCAGAGUGGGAUGUUUCUGGAGAACUUGCCAAACGAAGAACAGAAAUGCCAUUUCCUGAGCCCUCUAGAGGCACUUCACAUUCAAAGGUGCAUCGGAGUCACAGUCAUACGCAAGAUAGAAAGUCUCGCAAUGAACGAUCUAGCAAAGCAAAAGAAAGAUCGCGUUCAAUGGAUAAUUCAAAAGGUCCACUUGGCGCAGCCUCGGUUGGUACAGCAGAGGAUUUAGAAGGCUGUAGUCCAGAUGAAGGAGGGCGUUAUUAUGCUGAUGAUAGUACACUGAGGCCUUCUCAGGCUCACCAUUAUCAAAGAAUUUUGCUUUCUGCUGCUAACUUUAAUGCUGAAAUAUGUAUGCCAGGCGCUGACAAAGUAAGUUCAGAAGACCCAAAAGUCUGUAGUCCUGUGGAACAUACCAAACUGAGAGACAGUUUGCCUGCCUACAAUGAGCUAAAUACUUGCUCACCAAAGCCAACAUCUGAUGAUUACUUUCAGUGCAAUACAUCCAAUGAAACUGUUCUAACAGCACCAUCCCCUAUAAGCAAACAUGAUUAUGACACCCUGACAUUGUCAGAUGGAGUCAAAAAAGUGUGUCUAGCAGAUAGGCAGACCCCAAAUCUGAUAAGGGAUUCCAGUGAUUACAAAGAGGACCCUAUGAAAGGACAACAUGGCAUUAUCAUAUCAGUGCCUACACCAGAGACAAUACCAAAUGGACGGUUGAUACACCAACAGAAUACUGACCACCCAAACAGUGGAGAUAACAGAAAAGAACUAUUUAGUAAAGACACUUUGUUUAAACCACCUCAUAAUGUUGGAUAUGUAGAAAAUAGUUACCAGAAAUCUGGUACAUUACGAAAAUCCCAGCACAUGAAAUCGGCAGAGGUUCUUAAUAACUGUGAGCACUUUGAACAGCCCAGUCUGCUUUCUGUUUCACCUAGUGCUUCAGCACCACCAGGGCCAGACCAACCAACAGGAGCCCAGGAAGCCUCAUUUGAUUAUUACAAUGUGUCAGAUGAUGAUGAUUCAGAUGAUGCAACCCACAAAAACGCAGAAGAUGAGAAAAGCAGAGAGGAUGGCGGGACAAUGCAGUGGCUCUUAGAAAGAGAAAAGGAAAGAGAUUUACAAAGAAAGUUUGAGAAGAACCUCACACUUCUAAGUCCAAAGGAAACCGACAACAAUAACAGCCAAAAAUCUGCACAUUCUGCCCGCCUUGACAGUAUGGACAGCAGCAGCAUUACGGUGGAUAGUGGAUUUAACUCUCCACGUACACGUGAAAGUUUGGCCUCCAACACCUCAAGUAUUGUUGAAAGCAACAGACGUCACAACCCAGCUUUAAGUCCAGGUCACGGGGGAAGCAGCACCCAGGCCUUUAACUUCCGACCCACUGCAGAGCCACCAAAUGCUGAACCAGAGAAAUUGCAGAAGCCUUCUAGCUGUUUAGCUUCAAUUACCAGUGUCUGAAAGCUGCUACAGUAGCUUUGUGUUGCAGUGGAGCCAUGCAGCACACAUCACUGGGACUGUUACCUUCAAGUAUGACUGUUGGAUGUGGUGAUUUAUACCAAUGGGUACAUCUGAAUGGCAUUCUGGAUGCAAAAGGACACCAUGGUUGAAAUAUUACUGUCAGGGUGGUUUCAAAUUCGACCAGUAAAAAAUAAAUUACUCUGAAAAUGGAAGCAUUUUAUAAGCAUUUUUGUCCCUCAAGAUCUUGCCUACAUUUGCCAGCAAAUUAUUCAACAAAUUAUGCAGUGGGAGCACCACUGACACACCUGCAUUAUGGUAUAUAACUGGAGUGGCACUAGAUAUGUGAUUGAAACAUUACCUUCUGUAAUGUACAUUUUUAAAGAUGCUACCCACCAGUACUGAACAAAGUUCUACGCAAGUUAAAAACUGUAUCAAUUGAUGUUAAAGGGGAAUUGUUUUUUAUUGCACAGAUCUUGAGAUUUUGUGACUUGAAUACCACCUUUAUUUUGGUAAUUGAUUUUUUUUUUUUUUUUUUAUAAUUGAGGAGGAGUCAGUGGUUAAAACAUAUGGGUCCAAAAUAUUACAACGUUUUUAUAAACCUUAUCACAGGAAUAAUUUUGUUCUGACAGAACCAUAAAAACAGCAUAUAUAUCCACAGUGGAGGGCAGCUAUCCAACAUGCUAAAGGAGUCUAUGAAUGGUUAUUUUUGACAUGUUUACAAACACCCACAGAAAACCGUCUCACACUUACAGUGUGCCCCAUUGAAAUGUUCAAUGGAUUUUCCGGUACCCUAAUAUUUGUGUGGAAGUUUAAUAAUGUGCAUAGCUGUUGAAUUUAUUAAUAGUAUGCUGCCCAGCUUUGAUUGUGGCUGCAUGCAUUACUUGACAUAAAUGCAAUGAAGGAACAAAGUUCUUAAAUAUUUGUUUACAUGGAAUUCAUGUCUUUUGAGUGUAGAAUUUUCUUUUUAAUCUGAAUGAAAUUUAAAAGAUUUCUGCUGCAUUAUUCUUAAGGAUUCAAAGCCAACACGGAUAAAAAAAAACUGUACAAGUUCUAAUCAUUAUGAUGCUAAUGUAAUGAUGUUGGCCUAUUCUUGCUUUUAUUAUCAACCACAGUUUUACUGCAGUGCCAUCUGGUGACCCACUAAACAGCAUGCAGUAAGUGCAGCUGCUGCAGUCAAACAUCUGUAUUGUGUUAUGUAACACUUUGUGUCUUUUUUUUUUUUAAAACAAUUGCAUGCAAGUAGUGUUACCUGCCCAAUUAAGUUUUAAAAACAUUUCUUGUUCAUAAGGAGGUAGGCAUUAAUUCUAGUCCAGGACAGUCAUUCAUGGCUUUUGGAUAUUAGCCAUGAAAAUGUGUAAAAUUAGAAAUUUUCUUUUUCUUACAAUUAAUAAGCCUGAUAUUUUCAUACAGUACAUUUAUCAUCUAUACUAUAGCUGCUAGCCUUUCAAAAUGUGUAUUUCAGAUAUGUGCCGAUUCAUAAUACCACAAUCCAGAUGUGAUUUUAAUACUUUUUAAUUUUUAGGAAUGUGUGCGUGUUUUUUAACAUAAAUAACUACCUCCAUGUCUUUUUGAUAUAGCAACAAAAUGGGACUUUCGAAAUAUAGGAACUAGUUAUUUCAUAUCAGCUUGUUUGCAAUGAAUGUUGGGAUUUUCACUGUAGAUCCUUUUAAAUAACACUUUCAACAUAAUCAUCAUAACACUUGUGGGUAGCACAGUUUUAUUGACAAUAUAUAAUUUGUAUGCAAUGCUCUUAUACUGUACAUUCAAAACUGUGAUUCCUUAUUUUACCAUAUUCCCGUAAAAUGAUAUUCAGCUUCCAUUCACUAUGGCUUCUCUUGUGUGAAUUUUACAUUUGUCUAACACAAUGCUACAUGGUUUUGACUAUAACAUAUCCAACUCACCUUGUAGCCAGCAAAUAUUUUCUAGCAUUUCAGAAUGACAAACCUGUCUACAGUUACUCCAAUAGUAUAUAACAUCAGUUUUUGUUAACCGCACAUCCAAGUCUAUGUCCAUAAACAUUUCCAUUAUGUGGGGUCUAAUAUUCAAAACUUCUAGGUAUUAUAAUAUGGAUUGUUCUGUUGUUGCAUUCUUGCAGAUUUCUCAUGUUAAGCACUUGAGUUUUUUGUUGUUUUUUUAACUUAUUUUACCAAGAGUAUGUGCCAUAGAAAACUCUCCUCAGUACAUGAAUUACUUUAACUGUGGAGUACAAGUUCUAUUUCUAAUUAAGGCCAAAAACUGUCUACAGGCACCACUCAUUUAUUCUUAUCUUUCACCAAGCAAAAUACACAGUGAGCCUGGAGCAGUACCGCACUUUUUCUUUGGGAAACAUUAAAAAAUAUACCUUUUUCUAUACUGUUUAAAAAUAGAGGGCAUAUUCCUCAACAUGAAUAAAACACUCUGAAUGAAUUAAUUAAUUUGCUGUAUUUUUGCAUAUUGUUUAAAUGCAAACAAUUUUUUUUUCUACUAUUCUUCUAUGUCAGAAGUCAGAAAGGAGUAAUGCAGCCACGACUGCCUUGUAUUAACAUGUUUGCACUGAAUAGCCUGGUCUCUGGUUGCUGUAAAGUCCAUCCAGAUGGAUGCUAUGUUUAUAAAUAAAUAUAUAUAUGUAUAUAUAUGUGUAUAUAUAUAUAUAUAUAAAAAUGUAAAAAUUUUCAUAUGAAAUAAUGAUAGUUCAUGAAAUGUCUUCCCUUAACAUUGAUGAUUUAUAAUAUCGUACAUUAACAUUGUUUUUAAAUUGUGGCAGUGAACCAUACUGUAAAUAGUGUUUAUCUGUCAUGCUUAGCAUAAAAACUAUAUAAAAAAAAAAAAAAUUUGUAAUGUCCAUAAUAUUUAAACUUUCCUCUCGUGUGGUAAUAUGGUGCUUUUAUUGUUGUAGUGUAUGUGAAAAAUACCCAUUUGGGAUCGUGUUACUCACUUUUUAAGACAAUAAAGUAACAUGUUUGGUUACGGGUUUCAAA